AUGGGAAACAGCUUUAACCAAUGGGAGGACGAAGGAGUCAAUGUCCAAAGAAGUAAUGCUAGCCUUUCAGAGCUAAAGCACUUGUCUAAGCUAACCUCAUUAGACUUACAUAUUACAGAUGGCAACAUUCUUCCAGAAAACCUGUUCUCUGAUAAGCUAAAAAGAUACCACAUAUUGAUUGGCAAUGCGUGGAAAUGGCAUGGUGUGGAUGAAACCUUCAGCACUCUAAAACUCAAGCUCACCACAUGCAAUCAAUUGGACCAAGUAAUGGAUGUGAAGGACUCCAGGGAGAACCUUCAAACUAAUGUACCAUCCUUUUUGAGGAAAGAAAUUCCUAUUUCCAUGGGGAAAGAGCCUGAGGAAUUGAGAGCUCUCAGAAGGGAGUCUAUUUGGGAGCUAGUGGAGUUACCAGAAGGAAAGAAAACGGUUGCUUGCAACUUGCAAGGGGGGGGAGGGGGGUUGGGUGCCGCUGGUAGAGUAGCCUUCCUGUCAGGUAUGGAGGCAGUCUUAUCUUGGUGGGAUGGGGUCUUGUCAUCAGUGUGGGCAGUUCCUCAUAUUGUGGCUUUUUGGCAAGGUAGUAUUAGGAGCUGA